GCGCGGAGCCGUCUCCUGUCUCCUUCCCUACUCCUCGGACUUGGCCUCCUCGCGCGGCGCAAGCGCUGACGAAAGGCGCAGCUCGCGGCGGCACACCCGCGACUAGAUAUCGAGCUGUUCCGAGGAGGUUCAGGGUUGCGUGCGGGCCACUCCGGCGAUCGCCGGGGAACAGGAGUGGCUGGAAUCUGGUGAGUAGCCCUGAUCUUCCCCUCGCGCGGUCGCGCCUGCGUCGGUCAUCGCGGAAAUCUGUGUCUCCGAUCAUACAGUAAACGAUUUGGUGCUCCGUGAUCCGGGGAGCUGUGCGCGGGUUACUGGGCUAGGUGCCCCGUGGCCCGAUCCGGCCAAUUUGCUGGACGAAUUCGAGAGCGGGACAGGAGGUAUCUGUAUAGAUUCUCGGGUGGAUUUGUUCGAACAGAUUUGGCAGCGGGGCGGUUGUGUGAUGGGAGAUCAGGCGCCGGCGGCGGCGAGAUGGUGACCGGGAGCUUUAGCAGGAGCACAUCGGCGCGGCUCACAGCGAGGGGCGGCGUUGGGAGCCCGCGGGUGUCUGCGGCUGCGGCGGCCGCGCACCGUAAGUGGUGGGCGCCCUCGGGUCCAUCGUUCGAGUGCGCCGCCUUGGCCUUCUUCCUCUCCGCCGUCGCUCUCGUGCUCUCCUGCGCGCUGUAUCUGUAUGUGUUCCGGUACCUGGGCCGUAGCCAUGUGGUCGCGGAGUUCGCCGGCGAGAAUCUAGAGUCCUGCGACGUGUUCGACGGAAGCUGGGUGCCUGAUGGGAGGUAUCCCUUGUACAAUAGCUCCGAGUGCCCAUUUGCGGAGAGGGGAUUCAAUUGCCUUGCAAAUGGGAGGAAGGACACCGGCUACCUGAAAUGGCGGUGGAAGCCAAGGGGGUGCGACUUGCCGCGGUUCAGUGCCCGGGAUGUGUUGGAACGGCUGAGGGGGAAGAGGAUUGUGUUCGUGGGGGACUCCAUGAGCCGAACUCAGUGGGAAUCUUUCAUCUGCAUGCUCAUGGCAGGUGUUGAGGACCCUAAGACAGUUUAUGAGGUUAAUGGCAAUCAGAUCUCAAAGACAAUCCGGUUUUUAGGAGUGAGGUUUGCGUCAUUCAACCUGAAUGUAGAGUUCUUCAGGUCGGUGUUCCUUGUACAACAGAGCCCCGCACCUCGCCUUGGGCCUAAAAGGGUCCGAGCCAUUCUCAAGCUUGAUAGGAUGGAUAAUAUCAGCCGGAAAUGGGAGAAUGCUGAUGUGCUUAUUUUCAACUCAGGGCAUUGGUGGACUCCCGGCAAAUUGUUUGAUAUGGGCUGCUAUUUUGAAGCUGGAGGUUUGCUUAAACUGGGGACAUCCAUUAAUUCUGCUUUCAAAAUGGCACUUGAAACAUGGGCUUCCUGGGUGAAGAAAAAGGUGGAUUUGAAACGAACACAUGUCUUCUUCCGCACAUAUGAGCCAUCUCAUUGGAGUGGUUCUAAUCAAAAGGUAUGUGAAGUAACUGAAUUUCCUAUGGCUGAAGCCAAAGGAGAUGAUAGAAGUGAAUUUGGAGAUAUACUCGCUGGUGUUGUGGUGAACACGAGUGUUCCUGCUACUAUCCUGAAUGUGACUUUGAUGGGGGCCUUCCGAAGCGAUGCUCAUAUUGGUAUAUGGAGUCAUCCUUCAACCAUACUUGAUUGCAGUCACUGGUGCCUUCCUGGAGUGCCAGAUGCUUGGAAUGAACUGGUAAUUUCGCACCUUCUGACAAAUGGUUGGCGAACGUUGGCUGGCUGACUGACUGACUGCUGACAUUAUACUUUCUUUUUAUUUUUCCCUUUUCUUCCUGCUGCUUCUGUUUCGUCUGAUAUCAAAGAGCGGAUCAUUAAUUUUCAUAGACAGCAGCAUCCGCAACAGGUAUUUGCAUCUUUUUUUUUUGUCCCAAUAUUUUUCCUCGAGCGCUCGAGAAAGAUUACACGUCUCCUUAGUUACACAUGUAUCAUUGUCUGUUUUUCCUUUUAGACAGAAAACAUCAAAAUCGGCAACCUGUAUGUAAACACCAAUUAAUUUGCAAAUUUUUGGGAACUCAUUCAUUAAAUCUGUUUGGUCUAUUUUUUGUUCUUUUU